UAAAUACCUCUGUUUAAAAAAGUUAACGGUGCAAGUGAUGAACGAGCACGGAAGACAAACAUCGUUGCGGCCGUCCAUCGACGUCAGUCACUCAAGAAAAUAUUGCGAAAGUCGAGAAAAUUGUAUUGAGCGAUCGAAGAGCUACCAUCCGGUACUUAUAUUACGAUACUAAUAUGGAAGUAUUCAAUCCAUAUUGAAACAAUCUUUAAAUAUGAGAAAAGUCUUCGCAAGAUCGGUGCUGAGAAUGUUAACCGACAGUCAGAAACAAAAUCGACUUGACAUUUCGAAGAUAUUGUUGGACAAGUUUCAAGAAGAUUCUCAAAACUGUUUAUCUCGUUUCGUAACAAUGGACGAAACGUGGGUCCAUCAUUUUGAUCUCGAGACAAAACAGCAAUCUCCGCAAUGGAAACGGCCAUCAUCACCGACCCCGAAAAAGUUUCGUGUCGUGGCAUCAGCUGGCAAGGUUACGGCCUCAAUAUUUUGGGACUCAGAAGGGAUAUUGUUGAUUAAUUACCUGGAGCGUGGAACCACUAUUACAGGUCAAUAUUAUGCAGCUUUAUUUUCCAAGUUGAGGAAUGCCAUCAAAGAGAAAAGGAGAAGGAAACUUGGAAGGGACGUGCUGUUUCAUCACGACAAUGCAUCCACGCACAGGUCGGCAGUUGCAAUGGCUGUCAUUCAGACAUUACCAGGCGACGUAACUUUGGAUUUCAUUUUAAACACAAUAAAAUUUGCGCCCACCUUACAUUCUUCCUAUGGUGCAGACCCGGAACAGAGAAAGAAGCUUUACAAGUUGCAGAGUGUAUUGGAUCUUAACCAGAUUGCUAUCGAAGAAAUGUAUAGAAGAAUAUCUCCAGCGUAUAGAUGUGAUAAUAUAAUACAGAGAUGCCUGUGGAAAAACACAAUUUAUCGUUGUGAUCAAUUGUUUCAACCGGUGUUUACGGUACUUAAUUUGUGCUGUACUUUUAAUUACUUUGCUGUAGAGGAAAAAACGAAAACUUUCAAGCGUCCCAACGUUUUAGUGAAUACACCUUUGCCGAGACGCGUUGCCUCAUGUGGUUACCAAACUGCGUUAACAGUUCUAAUUAAAACUGACCCCUUGGACUAUUACAGCGCCUCAGUAGCUUCACAAGGCGUAUUGGUAUUUAUAGAUGACUCGUAUAAUCUACCAGACUUGGAUUCACCUGUUCGUAUGGUGAAUCCCUCUAGUGAGGUGUUCAUAGCGUUGUCGCCAGAACGCACCUAUUCAACCCCGGGCGUCAAAGGGUUCCCCCCUGAACAACGUCAGUGCUACUUCAAGGAUGAGGUUAAAAUUGCGAACUUUCGUCAGUAUUCAUUUCAUAACUGCAUUGUGUACCGUAAGCUUAAGAGCAUCAAAGAUGCCUGCAAUUGCGCACCAUUUUUUUUAUCGAAAGAUUAUUACAGGACUUGCAACUUUUACGAUUUAGAUUGUCUGGAGACUGUUUUAUGGCCGAAAAGCAUUAAAAAUCAUAAUACCACGUUAGUUGACGAUCUACACUGCUUACCAGAAUGUGAACACUUCGAUUACCCAUUGGAAGUUGCUCUCGGUAAACUUGCUUCAAAUAUGCAUUUGAAUCGUCUGCCUUUUUUUAAUGAAGUUGAUUUAGUGAAUCAAUCUGUAUUGAAUGUAUUCUUCAACGACUUGGUAUCGACCAGAUAUAGACGUGAUGUAUAUUUAAAUUGGCAAAAUAUCUUAGCUGCGUUCGGUGGCCUCCUUAGCCUGAUGCUUGGCUUCACUUUGAUAUCUGGGUUUGAUUUAGUUAUAUUUCUUGUACUACAUGUCUUCUACGGGCUUAUUCAGAUAAUUUUCGUAUAUAAAAAUAAAUAUGUGCAAAAAAUUAACGUUCAAGAGCGUAAUUCCCACAAGGAAGCUUGGAUAAUGCCAAGACCGACGGAUGCCAUCGACAGGAAGACACGCAAUGAUCCGCUUUACUCAAACAUACAUUACUAUUAACGUUUUGAGAAAUGUAAAUAUCUAAUCGAUUACGGAAUCGUAUUGUUUAUCUUGGCAAUUUAUCAUGGUAUCCUACACUUAGAAAAAGUAAAUAAAAUUAAACAAGCACGAUUAA